UUUUUAUUAUCACUUACCUUUAUUUCUCCUUUCUGUUGUUACAGUGAGAAAAUUAUAUAGAGUUGUGGUCACUUUUGCCAUGCAUGAUGUAGGGACAUUACCCAUGCAUUUCCUUCCCAGGUAGUCCUGGGGGCUUGACCCUGAAAGGGUUGAGAACUGGUGUAACCAUGAUCGUUUCAAACGCUGGUGGUGAGGAGGGAACACUAAAACCUCCCCAGGAUAUUUGAUAAGUCUCCUCCCCACCUCUCCUAUCCUACUUUCCAAAGCAUGAAACAGGGGAUCUACAUGGGAGAUUCUUGCGGGGGAGGGGUCCAGAACGUGGCUCCCCAGUUAAUGGGUGAUGGAAUUUGCACAAGAGCUGGGCAAAGGUGAAAGGGCCUGUCCUGCCCCAAAUCCCUCAUCCCUUCGCUCCGCUUCACUGAUGCCUCCACCCCCUCCCCACUCCAGGCAGCUAACUUCCUCCAAACUCCGACCUCUUACUCUCUCUACUUAACUCUGGCCCAGGGCAGCCAAGACAAGAAGAAAGGCAGUCAGCAUGAGCCGAUCACACCCCCAUCCCAUCCAACUCCAGUCUAUGGGCCCCCAGGAUGCCCUGGCCACACUGCCGCCACCACCACUCCCACCGCAGCCUGCUGUCCAAAAUCCCUCCUCUCACCCUUGGGCCUCUCAGUGUGGGCCUCCUCCCUGGGGCCUCAGCUGUCUUCUGGCUCUGCAGCAUAUCUUGGUGCUGGCUUCUCUGCUCUGUGUCUCCCACUUGCUCCUGCUUCAAAAUCUCCCCCAAGGAGAGCUCUCAUAUUCCCCUGCCCAACUCCUGGCCUCCAGCCUCUUUUCGUGUGGUGUGUCUACCACCCUGCAAAUUUGGAUAGGCAGCAGGCUGCCUCUUGUCCAGGCUCCGUCCUUAGAGUUCCUUGUCCCUGCUCUGGUGCUGACCAGCCAGAAGCUACCUCUGGCCAUCCGGACACCUGGAAACUCCUCCCUUGUGCUGCGCCUGUGUGGGGGGCCUGGCUGCCAUGGCCUGGCGCCCCGGAACACUUCUCUCCGAGAGGUGUCCGGGGCUGUGGUGGUAUCCGGGGUGCUGCAGGGCACGCUGGGGCUGUUGGGGAGUCCCGGCCGUUUGUUCUCCCACUGUGGGCCCCUGGUGCUGGCCCCCAGCCUGGUGGUGGCAGGGUUCUCUGCCCACAGGGAGGUGUCCCUUUUCUGCUCUACUCACUGGGGCCUGGCCUUGCUGCUUAUCCUGGUCAUGGUGAUCUGUUCUCAGCACCUGGGCUCCUGCCAGUUACCUCGGUGCCCCUGGAGGCCAGCUUCAGCCUCCUCGCCUCACACUCACAUUCCUGUCUUCCGGCUCCUCUCGGUGCUGAUACCAGUGGCCUGUGUGUGGAUCAUCUCUGCCCUUCUGGGGCUGAGCGUCAUCCCCCCGGAGCUGUCUGCCUCCCCCAGGGCACCAUGGGUUUGGCUGCCUCACCCAGGUGAGUGGGACUGGCCCUUGCUGACACCCAGGGCUGUGGCUGCAGGCAUCUCCAUGGCUUUGGCAGCCUCCACCAGCUCCCUGGGCUGCUAUGCCCUGUGUGGCCGGCUCCUGCAAUUGCCUUCCCCACCUCCACAUGCCUGCAAUCGAGGGCUGAGCCUGGAGGGUCUGGGCAGUGUGCUGGCCGGGCUGUUGGGGAGCCCUCUGGGCACUGCAUCCAGCUUCCCCAACGUGGGCACAGUGAGUCUUAUCCAGGCUGGAUCUCGGCGAGUGGCCCAUCUGGUGGGACUGCUCUGCGUGGGGCUUGGGCUCUCCCCGAGGCUGGCCCAGCUCCUCACCACCAUCCCGCUGCCUGUACUUGGUGGGGUGCUUGGGGUGACCCAGGCCGUGGUUCUGUCUACUGGAUUCUCCAGCUUCCACCUGGCUGACAUUGACUCUGGGCGGAACGUCUUCAUUGUUGGCUUCUCCGUCUUCAUGGCCCUGCUGCUUCCGAGAUGGCUUCAGGAAGCCCCUGUGCUGAGCACAGGCUGGAGCCCCUUGGAUGUAUUACUGCACUCGCUGCUCACAGAGCCCAUCUUCCUGGCAGGACUCUUGGGUUUCCUCUUAGAGAACACCAUUCCUGGCACAAGGCUUGAGCGAGGCCUAGGUCAAGGGCUGCCAUCUCCUUUCUCUACCCAAGAGGCUCGGGUGCCUCAGAAAUCCAGGGAGAAGGCUGCUAAAGAGUACCAACUUCCUUUCCCCACCCCAAAUUGGUCUCCCUGUAUCCCCCAGCCCCUCCGUUGCCUCUGCCCUCUGCCUGAAGACCCUAGGAAUGAGGAAGGAGGGGCCUGUGAGCCAGGAGAGACAGCAGACUUGUUGCUUGGCUUUGGGGAGCAGUGUCCUGAGUCUAGCAGAGAACUUAGGUCCCAGUGAUUACCAGGACUCCUAUCCCUGUCCUGGUUAGUUUAGCCCUAUCUCCCAGCUUGCUGUGUGAGUCAGCUCCCAGGCUCUAAUUUCUCCUAGGAAGAAGGUGUGUGUGUGUGUGUGUGUGUGUGUGUGUGUCUGUGAGAGAGAGAGAAAUGGACCCACCUAAAGGUCUCACUUCCCAAUAGGUGUGUUGCCUUUCCUUCUCUUAAUUAGGCCUAACUGUUCUGGGCAGGGGCCAUGGUUUAGUGGACCAUGAAUGAAUGAAUGAAUGAGAUUUUGUACGUGAACUAUCUAUAGUCGAACCCCAGCAUUCACUUAACAAAUAUUUAUUGAGGGCCUCCCAUGUGCAAGGUCUUGGAACUACAGAUAUGGAGAACACAGGGUCCCUGCCUUCUUAAGGUACCUACCAUUUAAAAAGCCUUAUGUAGGGGCACCUGGGUGGCUCAGUCGGGUAAGUGUCCAACUCUUGACUUUGGCUCAGGCACCGUGUAGGGCUCCGUGCUGAGCGUGGAGCCUGCUUGGGAUUCUCUCUCUCUGCCUCUCCCCCUGCUUGUGUGCUCUCUCUAAAUAA